AUGCCGUCGGAGAAGACCUUCAAGCAGCGCCGCACCUUCGAACAAAGGGUGGAAGAUGUCCGACUCAUCCGAGAGCAGCAUCCUACCAAAAUCCCGGUGAUAAUAGAAAGAUACAAGGGUGAGAAGCAGCUUCCCGUGCUGGAUAAAACCAAGUUCCUUGUCCCAGAUCACGUCAACAUGAGUGAGCUCAUCAAAAUCAUUCGAAGGCGCCUCCAGCUGAACGCCAACCAGGCCUUCUUCCUGCUGGUGAAUGGACACAGCAUGGUGAGCGUCUCCACACCCAUCUCUGAGGUCUACGAAAGCGAGAAGGACGAAGAUGGGUUCCUGUAUAUGGUCUAUGCCUCUCAGGAGACAUUUGGAGUGAAACUGACCGUGUAA